UCCCUAUGGCACCCGCAUCAGCGUUCCCUUAUCGCUUGCCUAACUAAGCACUUGCUUUAUAACCUCGCCCUCAAUCAGCGAAGACCAGCCGUUUUGCACUGCUUCGGAUCGGCCUGUGCUGUGGGAACUCUCCUCGUUGACAUUGGGAAUGAUGCAAGUGCCCUCAACCCUAGUACACGUUGAUCAGCUCCUGGGGAUCCGCACGAUCGUCGCCCGUCAGUCACCCGCCACAUUGCAGUGUGCACAGUUGAGGGUCCGGGCCGUUGCUACUUAAAGUCCCUUGCAUCUGCAAUGAGCCACCCAGGCGCCCAUUUGGAAGCCGAGGACUGGCCUCUUCCGCUGUCCAUAUCUCGUCCAGAAAGCAUAGUCUCUUCCUCCACGAGCUCUUCCGGUCCCAGCUAUGCCACAUCGCCUAUUUUCCCGCCUCCGCUGAGUCGUACGGCUUCUUCAAUUGGAUCCCGGUCGAGGCAGGCUUCAUGCUUCUCCUUAUACGAAGACACCUGCCGCUUACCGCUGAACCAUUCUGUGACCAUCUCCUUCGUCCGGAGUAGUAAACUCUUCAAGCUACGCUUCACUUGCAUCGACAUACGCAAGGAUGCCACGGGAAGUUUGAAGAGUCUUGAGUUGGGCGGGGGACCGGGUCAGCAGACUCCUUUCAUACAUACUUUCAACGAUACCAAGCUUCCAGUUCCCCAUCUUGAACAUCCAAAGCUCCCGAACGAGUCGUCGCUGCGCGUUUCCUUCAUGGACGAGCAAACCGUUCAAUCGGCCCAUAACGUGUUCCUCACACAGAUCUCUUAUACUUUUGAUGACUGGCAUGAUUGUGUGCAGUUCCAAGAAUUAGUCCUGGGUUCAAAAUUGGUCUUCAUAGCAGGCAUCGCCGAGGCGAAGUCCAAGGGCCGAGGGGAAGAGUGCAUCAGCCAGAACCUACGCAUUCUACGUAAUCAUAACGGCAAACAAGUCAUGCUUUUCUUUGCCAACUCACAACGGAAGGAGUUGAAGCGUUAUGUGUCCAUUCCGAUCAACUGCAUCGACAGCUUCAAUCCGGGCAAGAAGGCAGGAAAGCCGGUGGUUCUCCAGUUGCAGCCCAACUUUGACAUUCUCUCCCAGAUGAGGACAUUAACUAUCCAAUUUCUUGAUGAUUUGGACCGGAAAGCAUUUUGCCAAUUUCUAACGGAAAGCACCACAUAAUAAUACAACACACUCCAUCAAACAUGGAAUACGAUACCCAGGGGAAACGCGGUUCGCAAAACAGGCAUAGCAUCUACUAAUAACCCAUCAUGGAACCAGUGGUUUACGAGUCUGCAGCAAGGAGUUUAGAGGGCGUUGGGUUCUCAGGUACAAUGCAUAAUCUUUUCCCUUU